UCCGGCAAAUUUUGUUCCAAUUGUCAAAGCUCGAAAUUAUGACCAAUUGUGAAAACGAUGCGGGAUUCGUCUGCAUCAGCUGCGUAGACGAGGUACGGUGCUCAUUCGUGAGCCACCUCUCCGAAGCUCUCCGCCGUAAAGGCAUAAAUUAUGCGGUCGUAGAUGUAAGUAGCGAUGAGCUUUUUUCCAAGGAGUCCCGGGAAAAAGUAGAGAAAGCUAGGGUUUCUGUGAUUGUAUUACCCGGAAACUGUGAGCCAAGUAGAGUAUGCCUUGACAACUUCGCGAUGGUUCUCGAGUGCCAGAGGAGGAUGGUCGUUCCUGUGUUGUACGGUGACAGUCCAUUACGGGAAGAAUGGCUUAGCGAACUUGAUUUGAAAGGCUUAUCACCAGUUCACAAAUCCAGGAAGGAAUGUAGUGACUCCACACUUGUAGAAGAGAUUGUGGGAGAUGUGUACGAGAAGCUCUUUUAUUCCGGACGAAUUGGAAUCUAUUCGAAGCUGCUGGAGAUUGAGAAAUUGGUUGGUAAUCAACCGUUUGGCAUCCGCUGUGUUGGAAUUUGGGGUAUGCCUGGUAUAGGAAAGACGACACUUGCUAAAGCAGUCUUUGACCAAAUGUCUGGCGCCUUUGAUGCUUCUUGUUUUAUAGAAGACUAUGAAAAAUCUAUUCAUGAGAAGGGUCUUUAUUGUUUGCUGGAGGAACACCUUUUGAAAGAAAGUCCAGGGAAUGACGCUACCAUUAUGAAUCUGAGCUCUCUUAGAGACAGAUUGAACAGUAAGAGAGUUCUUGUUGUUCUUGAUGAUGUGCGCAAUGGUCUGGUUGCAGAGUCUUUUCUCGAGGGGUUUGACUGGCUAGAACCUGGAAGCCUGAUCAUCAUAACCUCUAGAGAUAAACAGGUGUUUCGCUUAUGCCAAAUCAAUCAAAUAUAUGAGGUUCAGGGUUUAAAUGAGAGAGAAGCUCUUCAACUCUUCUUGCUGUGCGCUUCUUUAAAGGAUAUGGGAGAGCAGAAUCUCCGCGAGUUUUCACUGAAAGUAAUAAAUUAUGCUAAUGGAAACCCUUUGGCUAUCAAUGUUUAUGGAAGAGAGCUGAAAGGUAAGAAAAAACUCUCAGAAAUGGAAACUGUAUUCCUCAAAGUCAAGAGACGUCCUCCAUUUAAGAUUGUCGAUGCAUUUAAAAGCAGCUACGACACACUUAGUGACAACGAAAAGAACAUUUUUCUGGACAUAGCUUGUUUCUUCCACGGAGAAAAUGUCAACUACGUGAUACAACUGCUUGAGGGUUGUGGUUUCUUUCCACAUGUAGGAAUUGAUGUUCUUGUUGAGAAGAGUCUGGUGACUGUUUCAGAAAACCGAGUGCGGUUGCAUAAUCUGACCCAGGCUGUUGGCCAAGAAAUAAUUAAUGGAGAAACAGUACAGAUUGAGAGGCGCAAAAGACUAUGGGAACCUUGGAGCAUCAAAUAUCUAUUAGAAUAUAAUGAACCCAAAGCAAAUGAAGAACCUAAAACAACCUUCAAACGUGCUCAGGGAUCUGAAGAGAUCGAAGGAAUGUUUCUGGACGCGUCAAACUUAAAAUUUGAUGUGCAGCCCUCUGCUUUUAAGAAUAUGUUGAACCUUAGAUUGCUCAAGAUUUACUGUUCCAAUCCCGAAGUCCAUCCUGUAAUCAAUUUCCCUAAAGACUUCUUUCAUUCUCUUCCUGAUGAGCUAAGACUCCUCCAUUGGGAGAACUAUCCUCUGCAAUCUUUGCCUCAAAGUUUUGAUCCUAGGCACCUUGUCGAAAUCAACAUGCCGUACAGUCAACUUCAGAAACUGUGGGGUGGAACCAAGAACCUGGAAGCGUUGAGGACGGUCAGGCUUUGCCAUUCCCAGCAUCUAGUUGAUAUCGAUGAUCUCGUAAAAGCUCAAAAUCUUGAGGUAAUUGAUCUCCAAGGUUGUACAAGACUGCAGAAUUUCCCAGCUGCAGGUCAAUUGCUCCAUCUACGAGUUGUAAAUCUCUCAGGUUGCAUAGAGAUUAAAAGUUUCCUAGAGAUUCCACCAAAUAUUGAGACACUACAUCUACAAGGAACUGGCAUAUUAGCAUUACCACUUUCCACUGUUAAGCCAAACCACAGAGAGCUUUUGAAUUUUCUAACAGAAAUUCCGAGUCUUUCAGAGGCCUUGAAACUUGAGCGUUUAACAAGUCUGCUGGAAUGUAGGACAUCUUGUCAAGAUCUUGGGAAGCUUAUUUGCUUGGAGCUGAAAGACUGUUCUUGUUUACAGAGUCUGCCAAACUUGGCUAAUUUAGAUCUUCUCAAUGUUCUUGAUCUCUCUGGCUGCUCAAGGCUCAAUUCUAUUCAGGGUUUCCCUCGGUUUCUGAAAGAGUUAUAUCUUACUGGCACUGCGAUAAGAGAAGUGCCACAACUUCCUCAAAGUCUAGAACUCUUGAACGCACAUGGAUCUAUUGUGCAAAGUCUGCCAGACAUGGCUAAUUUAGAAUUUCUCAAAGUUCUUGACCUCUCUGGUUGCUCAGAGCUCGAGACUGUUCAGGGUUUUCCUCGGAACCUGAAAGAGUUAUAUCUUGCUGGCACUACGUUAAGAGAAGUGCCACAACUUCCUUUAAGCCUAGAGCUAUUGAAUGCACAUGGUUCUGUUUCUCUGAAAUCUAUUCGUCCGAACUACUAUAAGCUUCCUAUGCACUACACAUUCAGCAAUUUAUUUGAUCUAUCUCCACAAGUGGUCAACGAUUUUUUGGUGAAAGCGCUGACUAAUGUAAAACACAUAUCAAGAAAGUAUAUGCAGAAUCUCAACAAAGCUCCGACUUUCAGCUUCAGUGCGCCCUCACAUGCAAAUCAAAAUGCACCACUUGGUCUGCAACCAGGGUCAUCUGUAAUGACACGACUAAAUCCUUAUUGGAGGAACAUGCUUGUGGGCUUUGGUAUGAUGGUGGAAGUUGCAUUUUCGGAGGACUACUGUGAUGCUACAGGUUUUGGCAUAAGUUGUGUUUGCAGAUGGAGCAACAAAGAAGGCCGCUCUUAUAAAAUAGAAAGAAAUUUUCACUGUUGGCCUCCAGGAAAAGUUGUUCCAAAAGUUCUAAAGAAUCAUACGUUUGUCUUUUGUGAUAUCAACAUGAGCCCGAGUACCGAUGGAGGAAAUGACCCUGGUAUCUGGGCUGACUUAGUUGUAUUUGAGUUCUUUCCUAUCAAUCAGCAGACAAAGAGUCUAAUUGAUAGGUUUACAGUGACAAGAUGUGGAAUCCGUGUAAUAGAUGUUACAACUGGCUAUACAAGUCUGAAGAAUAUAUCACUAGUUUUGUCCUUGAAUCCGAUGGAGGUUUCUGGUUAUGAAGUAGUUGAAGAAGUAUUAAGAGUCAGUUAUGAUGAUUUACAGGAGAUGGAUAAAGUUCUAUUUCUCUACAUAGCGUGUUUGUUCAAUGACGAGGAUGUUGAUGUGGUGGCACCACUUAUUGCCGGCAUUGACUUGGCUGUUAGCUCUGGGCUCAAGGUCUUAGCCGAUGUGUCUCUCAUAAGUGUAUCAUCCAAUGGGGAAAUAGUGAUGCAUUCUUUGCUACGAAAAAUGGCUAAAGAAAUCCUCCAUGGACAAGCCAUCGUGCUAUCUGAUUGUGAGAGUACCAUGGCCGACAAUUUGUCUGAUAUACCAAAAAAACGCAGGAAACGCAACAUAAAGAAAGUAGUUUGCGCUACAGCCAAUGAAGAUCUAUGGAGUUGGCGAAAGUACGGUAAAAAAGAAAUCUUAGGUUCUCUGUUUCCAAGGAGUUACUUCAGGUGCACUCACAAGUUCGCGCAAGGUUGUAAGGCUACGAAACAAGUGCAACGUAGCGACACCGAUCCAAACAUGUUCACCAUUACUUACUUAUCUGAGCAUAAUCAUCCAUCGUCCACUGAAUGGAUGGCUCUCGCUGGCCCCAGCCGCCCCACUCGUUCUACUUCCUCCUCCAACUACUCAGCCGUAACUACUUCAGCCUCAUCUAGAGUUUCCCAAAACAAAGUCAAAUCAAAUAAACUCCACUUGCCUUCCUCCUCCACUCCUCCUGGAAAUGCGGGCGUCCAACUUAAAGAGAAGGACAUGGAGGAGUUUCAGGACAAUAUGGAGUUGGAUAAUGACGUUGAAGAUAUAUGCACACUGGAAUUGUUCCCAGAGUUUCAGCAUCAGCCGGAGGAAAACCCAUCGUCAAGCACCUUUGACAACAAGGACUGGUCAGAUUGGUUCUCAAUGUUCUCAAUCCCAAAGUUUCAAGAUCAGCCGGAGGAAGGCCCAUUUUCACCAGAUUGGUUAUGGGAGUGAUAUAUACCUAAAUGAGAGUAAUGGACACAUGUAAGGUUAAGAUUAUAAGCUGGCUUCAAGGAAAUAAUGAUACGGUGCUCCCGAUUAAUCCUCCACAAAUUCCGAAGCCUAACACCGAAAUCCCCCUACAGUUGUCUAACCGACAAUCGCUAACACCUUGUAGAAGAUUGGAAUGAUUAGUUUGCUUUCUUUCAUCCAUGCGUUCUUUGAUCUUGGCCAGUUUGUCUAAGCACCAUGUUGAUUCAGUGUAACUGUUUCAGAAGAUUCCGAUCACAAUCCUUGAAUCCUCGAUAAUCUUGUAUCCAGCUUUUGUAGAAGAUCUUGAAUCACCAUGAUUUUAGCUUCAUCCA